AUGGCGCCCUCCUAUGAGCUGGCCAUUGACCAGGGCACAACGUCCACGCGUGCAGUCCUUUUUGACAAAGAUGGCCAGGCUGAUGUGCUGAAAAACUAUGCUGUGUCCCAGCCAGUAAGUGGCGGUUCUCUGCGUCGUCAGAUGAACAGCCAAGUGCGUCGACGCCUCAAAGUGCCGACGACUUUGGAUGCGUCGCAAAAGAUGUGCCGCUGCGCGUUCUUUCGGUCGGCCGUCACGUAG